AUCCAGUGCUCCACCCUUAAUGAACCCUUUGCUCGUCCACACCCUUGAAUAAAAAAGUGUCCCGGAUGAAGCAGGACAGCUCUUUGUGUUCCCCUUGACUAGUGGUGGAUCUGAAGAUCUGAUGGAGCCUCUGACAGGAAUCCGCUGGAAUGCCGGCCUGCGCUCUUGUUUCCCCAUCCUCUCCUGGCUGCCCAGGUAUAACCUUACGUGUUUGAAGAUGGACGUGAUCGCCGGUGUGACGGUGGGGUUGACCACCGUUCCUCAGGCGCUGGCCUAUGCGGAGGUGGCUGGUUUACCUGUGCAGUACGGCCUGUAUUCUGCGUUCAUGGGUUGUUUCGUCUACUGUAUAUUUGGCACGUCGAAAGACAUCACGCUGGGCCCGACGGCCAUCAUGUCGCUGCUGUGUUCGGGGUAUAUCGGUGGAGAUCCUGUGUUCGCUGUGGUGCUCACCUUGUUGUGCGGCGUCAUCCAGGCGGGAAUGGCUCUACUGAGGCUGGGGUUCCUCUUGGACUUCAUCUCAUAUCCAGUAAUUAAAGGCUUCACCUGUGCUGCGGCCGUCACUAUCGGCUUCGGCCAGGUCAAGAAUAUUCUGGGUCUGAAGGAGAUUCCACAGCAGUUCUUCCUGCAGGUUUACUACACCUUCCACAAGAUCCCUGAGGCCAGAGUUGGAGAUGUGAUUCUGGGCCUGUGCUGUCUGUUCUUCCUGAUCAUGAUGACGCUGAUGAAGAAUUCUCUGGGUUCUGCUGAAGAUGAGGCUCCUUCCCUUGUCCGAUCAGCUCGAGGGCUGGUGUGGAGUAUAGCUACUAUCCAGAACGCUCUGGUCGUCGUAGCGGCGACGGCUGUCGCGUAUUCCUCAGAGGUCACAGGACACCAUUUCUUCAGUCUCACCGGGAAAACCGCCAAAGGACUCCCUCCUUUUAAAGCUCCGCCCCUUUCAGAGACCAUAGCCAAUGGCACGGUGAUUACUUUCAGUGACAUCGCAAAGGAUUUAGGUGGCGGUCUGGCUGUCAUUCCUUUAAUGGGCGUUUUAGAGAGCAUCGCUAUUGCAAAGGCAUUCGGCAGCCAGAAUAACUACCGAAUUGAUGCCAACCAAGAGCUCUUUGCCAUCGGUCUCACAAACAUCAUGGGCUCGUUUGUGUCGGCGUAUCCCGUCACGGGCAGCUUCGGAAGAACGGCUGUUAACUCCCAGACCGGAGUGAGAACGCCGGCUGGAGGGAUUGUCACAGGUGUUAUAGUGCUGCUGUCGCUGGCGUUCCUCAUGCCGCUGUUCUUCUUCAUCCCUAAAGCGUCGCUCGCUGCCGUCAUCAUCUGUGCCGUGAGUCCCAUGAUGGACUUCAGAGUGCCUGUCCAGCUCUGGAGAGUCAAGAGACUUGAUCUGGUGCCGUUCAUGGUGACGUUUCUGGUGAGUUUCUGGGAGGUGCAGUACGGCAUUGUGGGAGGUGUAGCUGUUUCUGCUCUCAUGCUGUUGUACAUCAUGGCCCGACCUAAAGUGAAGGUGUCUGAUCACGGUGUGUCAGUUCUAGAGUUGGACAGUGGGCUGAACUUCCCCGUGACGGAGCAUCUCAGCAGACUCGUGUACACACACGCUCUUCAUGCGUCUCCUCCACGGUGUCUGGUUCUCAACUGCUCUCAUGUCAGCUCUAUAGACUUCACUGUAGUCCAUGAACUCAAAGAACUGCUCAAACAGUUCCAGUUGACGGGACUAUCACUGAUCUUCACUGGACUAAAGCCGUCAGUAUUAAAGGUGUUGUUGACGGCUGAUCUUCCAGUUUUCAGACACACAGACAGUGUCGACGAGGCACUGCAGCUUCUGAACGGUAUCAUUCACAAUGACCAACAAUUCUAACAACCAAUCACAGACCGGAACUGAUCACGUAUCAGCACCUGCAUACCUCAAACCUCGGAUGAUUGGUCACAUAAAAUACUUUGCACACACUUUUGACCAAUCAGCACUCAGGAAGAAAGACUUUGAUGAAAACUGUUGGGAGCAGUUACGUAAUGUUUGUGUUCAUGAUGACCAAAUUAUGUUUUUGCACUCAAAAUUGUGGUACAACUUUCUUUUGUAGUUGUUUUGUUUUAAACUAUGAAUCACAUGUAUAAUACUAUGUAAUUUUAUGAACAUGCACUUAUUCAAACACUAGAAAGAAUCAAAUAUUCAGUGCUUAUGGAUAAAAAGCACCACAAAAAAAAAGGUGAGGCU